AUGGCACCAACCGUCGAUAUAGAUUCUGUCUAUAAUAUAUCUCUACAUAAGCUUCACAGUUUUCAAACAACUCGUGGCGAAAGCGACGGGUUGAGAAAAUUGGUGUUGCUUAAUAACUUUGUAUUUAAAAAGUUUGUUUCCCCGGAGCAACAUGAACCUUUGGAAUGGUCAGAAGAGGAUAUCAAAAAAAAUGAAGAGGACUGGCUUGACGCCUGUCUGGACGGCCUCGAUGAGGAAGAAGAAGGAGGCUUCGUUUAUGUAAAUAAACCUCUUGAAAGUCAUCAAACUUCAUCAUCUUAUGCGAUAGAUCGAUUCAAUGUCCCUCAAAUUUAUGAGGACCAACACGGUUGUGAGAUGGAUUGUGAAGAAAUUUCUCACGAAGAACAAAUCUCUGAAGGCGAUAAUUCUAUGGAUGAUGUUAUAAUAUCUCAUGAUGAUCUCCAUCAGAACUUGACUUCAGAAAAGGGGUUUCAUCCAUACUGGAAAGAUAACAGCAUAAUAGAACAUCACCCCACUUCUAUUUCCGGAUCGCCUCGAUUUCGACCAUAUUUAGAUUUAAGUUCCCAUUCUUUCGGUAUUCCUAAGAUUUUUCAUAAGUAUCGCCUUGGUCAUUUUGACGAUAUCUCUUCACCACAACGCGCUGUUCUUGAAUUAAUACAACCUGAUUAUCUUUAUCAAUCGCCUGAAUUUUACGAAGCAUCUUUAAAAAGAUCUAAAGAUGAUUUAGAUAUUUUAUAUUCUUUAAACGCAAGAGAUUUGGAUCAAGGAUGUCUGAUGGAUAUUAUCAGCAUGUUGGAAUAUUAUGGUGGUAAAAACCAUGAAAAGAAAUCGAGUUCAAACGAAAAUAACGAUAUUUGGUUUGUGGACAAUAACAGUGAUCAUUGA